UGCUCCAGGUCAAGGCCACGGAUGCAGAUGACCCAACCUAUGGAAACAGUGCCAGAGUCGUUUACAGCAUUCUUCAGGGACAGCCUUAUUUCUCUAUUGAUCCCAAGACAGGUGUUAUUAGAACAGCUUUGCCAAACAUGGACAGGGAAGUCAAAGAACAAUACCAAGUCCUCAUCCAAGCCAAGGAUAUGGGCGGACAACUGGGAGGGUUAGCUGGAACAACAAUAGUCAACAUCACCCUAACAGAUGUCAAUGACAAUCCACCUCGAUUCCCAAAAAGCAUUUUCCACCUGAAAGUUCCUGAGUCUUCCCCUAUUGGCUCAGCUAUUGGAAGAAUAAGAGCUGUGGACCCUGAUUUUGGACAAAAUGCGGAAAUUGAAUACAGUGUUGUUCCAGGAGAUGGCGGAAAUUUGUUUGACAUCGUCACAGAUGAGAAUACACAAGAAGGAGUCCUCAAAUUGAAAAAGCCAUUGGAUUUUGAGACAAAGAAGGCUUAUACUUUUAAAGUAGAGGCCUCCAACCUGCACCUUGACCACCGGUUUCACUCUGCGGGCCCUUUUAAGGACACUGCCACAGUGAAGAUCAGCGUGCUGGAUGUGGACGAGCCGCCGGUUUUCAGCAAGCCCCUCUACACCAUGGAGGUUUACGAAGACACUCCAGUUGGGACCAUCAUUGGCGCCGUCACUGCCCAAGACCUCGAUGUCGGCAGCAGUGCCGUAAGGUACUUCAUAGAUUGGAAGAGUGAUGGAGACAGCUACUUUACAAUAGAUGCAACUGAAGGAACCAUCGCUACUAGUGAAUUACUAGACAGAGAAAGCACCGCGCAGUAUAAUUUCUCCAUAAUUGCGAGUAAAGUUAGUAACCCAUUAUUAACCAGCAGAGUCAACAUAUUAAUUAAUGUCCUAGAUGUCAAUGAAUUUCCUCCCGAAAUAUCUGUGCCAUAUGAGACAGCUGUGUGUGAAAAUGCCAAACCAGGACAGAUAAUUCAGAUAGUCAGCGCUGCAGACCGAGAUCUUUCACCUGCUGGGCAGCAAUUCUCCUUUAAAUUAUCACCUGAAGCUACCAUCAAACCAAAUUUUACAGUUCGGGACUUCAGAAACAACACAGCUGGCAUUGAAACCCGAAGAAAUGGAUACAGCCGCAGGCAGCAAGAGUUGUAUUUCCUCCCUGUUGUAAUAGAAGACAGCAGUUAUCCUGUCCAGAGCAGCACAAACACAAUGACUAUUCGAGUUUGUAGAUGUGACUCUGAUGGUACCAUCCUGUCUUGUAACGUGGAAGCAAUUUUUCUUCCUGUAGGACUUAGCACCGGGGCUUUGAUUGCAAUCCUACUGUGCAUUGUUAUACUCUUAGCCAUAGUUGUGCUGUAUGUAGCUCUGCGAAGGCAGAAGAAGAAAGACACCCUGAUGACCUCUAAAGAAGACAUCAGAGACAAUGUUAUCCAUUAUGAUGAUGAAGGAGGUGGGGAGGAGGACACCCAGGCUUUCGACAUUGGUGCUCUGAGAAACCCAAAAGUGAUUGAAGAUAACAAAAUUCGCAGGGAUAUAAAACCAGACUCUCUCUGUUUGCCUCGUCAGCGACCACCAGUGGAAGAUAACGCAGACAUAAGGGAUUUCAUUAAUCAAAGGCUACAGGAAAAUGAUGCGGACCCCACCGCCCCACCAUACGAUUCAUUGGCGACAUAUGCCUAUGAAGGCGAUGGAUCAGUAGCCGACUCCCUUAGUUCCAUAGAGUCUCUGACCAUGGAAGCGGACCAGGACUACACCUAUCUAACAGACUGGGGACCGCACUUUAAAGUCUUGGCAGACAUGUUUGGUGAAGAAGAGAGUUAUAACACUGAUAAAGUCACUUAGGGGAGAAGCAAAGGCUAAAACACAACCAACAAAAGAAAUUUAAGAGAAAGGAACAUAAAUAGAAAUCACACUUCUACACACACACCACACACACACCACACACACAAACACACAUACCGGGCUUUCUAGGACAAGAUUCCUUUGAUUAUUUGGUUUCUAGCAAGUUGCUAUAUUUAUCAUAUUGUCAGUUUUGGUUUAUUCUGCCAACACAAGGUAAUUCCUAAAAUGUGUACUUGCUUGGUUUUGUUCUGUUAUUUUGGAAACACACUGAGACAAGCUCAGGCCUAUUAAAUACAAUUUACUGACGUGACAACCUAGAACGAAGAUAGCUAUGUGGCAUCACGGUGGAAGAGUGUUAGAUUUUUCUUAAUUCCACUAAAGUGCCUAUUGAAACUCUUAUCAUUUAAUGUCGUGUAGAGUACACUCUGCUGUGAUGGCUUUGUGGGAUUCAGACACAGAGGACAUAAAACAAAGACACCGUCUUUAUGUCAAGGAGCAAUAGCAACACGCAGACUUCUCAUUCCUUUUAAGGAAAAAAGAAGAAUACUUUCUGAACUCCAUCUUCUUAUAAUUAAAAUGCUCUUUUUUUUCUUUUUUAAACUGUAUGCCAAAACACAUUUGUUUUUCCUACCCUCUGAGAAAAGUGAAAUAAAUGCGAUAAUAUCAAA